AUGGCAGAGCUGUAUAAAGUGACAGACUCAUUAAUGAUCAGCAAUGCCAGAGCCGCCUGCAAGAAGGAUCUUCUCCUAGCGGAAGGAGUGACUUGCUGCAUCAACGUUUCCAGGAGGCAGCCGUUCCCGGAUUUCGAGGUCCGUACCCUCCGUGUCCCCGUGGUCGAUGAUCCGCUGCAGAACCUCUCCCUUUAUUUUGACCAGUGUGUGGAGCUGAUAGACAGUACUAUAAAAAGUGGCGGGAAGUGCCUGGUCUACUGCAAACAUGGGCGUAGUCGUUCUGCCACCAUCUGCAUUGCCUACCUAAUAAAACACUGGAGUAUGUCACUUGAGGACGCAUUUCAGAUGGUUAAAGCAGUAAGACCGUCCGUAGAACCAAAUGCAGGGUUCUGGUCCCAGUUGGAAUCAUAUGAAAAAUCUUUACAGCUGAAGCAUUGAGUCCACACUUGUUUUCCAGCAUGAACUAGCAUGAAAUUCCUACAUUUGAGGGUCUGAACAACCAGGGACACCAACCACUGUGAAGAUGUAAAGGACCACCGUCCUAGCCCAGAAAUAUUACUACAGAAAACAUCAAGGAAAUUAUUUAGUCUACUACAUAUGAGUAGUGUCCUUCAAAAAAGUUAGGCUACUUUCACACUAGCGUUGUUUGAAUCCGGCGUUCAAUUCCGUCAA